AUGUCUUAUGUGAAGAACCUCAUCUCCCUCGCAGACAUCAACAAGGCAGCAGUGGCAGGUUCAACAUUGACCUAUCCUUGUCAAAAAAGCAUUGUCCAGUCCUUGACCAACAUAUUUGAAAAUAGUGAUACCAAUUUCCACUUUGAUUACUGCGAAAAUAUCAAUGACGGACGUGGGUACACUGCAGGAAUCGUUGGAUUCACAACAGCCACCCAUGAUGCCUUCUCAGUUGUCACCAAUUACACGAAACUGCAACCCAACAAUCAACUCAAUCCAUAUUAUUCAACACUUCAAGCUUUGAAUGUUAGUGGAUCGUCUUCGACCAGUGGUCUGUCUGGAUUUUGUGACGCAUGGGCGGCGUCCUGCAAUGAUACAAUCUUCAGACAAGUUCAAGUGAAUACCACGGAUUACAUGUACUUUGAUCCUUCACAAGCUCUUGGCAUGGCUGUCGGCCUGGUUUUUCCCCUAAGCUAUGGACAAAUGUACGACGCAGCAAUUCAGCAUGGUUUGGAAUCAGAUCCAGAUUCAUUGCCUUCAAUGAUUGCCAAGACUCAAAGUACCAUGAUAUCAAACGGCUAUGCACCAACAGUUGCAGCGGGAGCUGACGAAAUAGUCUGGAUGACAACAUUCAUGAAUACGCGUAUCUACACUUUAACGCAUGCAUCCACCGCUGCAACCAGGAAUGUCUGGAGCCAAUCGAUUACUCGCGUGAAAUCAUACCAAUAUGCAGCUUCUCAAGGAUCAUGGAGUUUUGAAGCCAGUUUGAACGCCUUGGACAACGAUGGCAAAGUCGUUACACUCAAUUGUGACCCUGAGCUUUGGACUCGCUUUGUCCCAACUUACAGGGCAGAAUCCGAAACACCAAAGAUUGCUACCAUAGUUGGAAUCAUCGUCGCCAUCUUUAUUGGGUUGCUGGUCGUCCUGGCAGGUUAA